GGGUAUUGUAAGAAAAGCUAGGGAGAUUCCUGAUAUUAUUCUCUUGAACCUUUCUGCUUUUUGAUUCCCAAGGACAAGGGAAAAAGAUAUCUAUUUUAUCUCAUUACAAAACCACAGUGUCAUUAGGUGGAAAAGUUUCAGUUCUCUAUGUCUAUAUAUGCUGAAAUAGGAAACAUUGUCAUCACUACUCAUAGCUAAUUAAUCUCUUUAUUACCCUCCUCUAUCUUUUCAUAACCACUCUCUUUUCACUUCAUCAAUAGCAAUGGCAGAUUGGGGUGUAAUCAAGAACAAAAACACUAGUUUUGUUGAAGAAGACCAAGAUUUUGAUGAAGAAGAUGUAUGGGGUGAUUUUGGUUCAAAAAAGAUCAAAAGGGCUUCCAAGGAUUUCUCUAGCUCUUCUUCCUCUGCAUGUAGAAAAAAUAUUCCAAAGGCUAAUACACUACCUUUUGUUGUUUGUGAUGACCCUUUUGUUAAAGGUUCUUCAGCUCCUAUGAACAUUCCUGAUUGGUCAAAAGUUUAUGGUAAGAAUAGCAAAAAUGGUGGUUUGCAUGAUGAUGAAGAUGGUGAUGAGGAUGGUGAUAUGGUUCCUCCACAUGAAUGGAUUGCUAGGAAGCUUGCAAGGAGUCAGAUUUCAUCUUUCUCUGUGUGUGAAGGGAUGGGAAGGACACUCAAAGGGAGAGAUCUUAGCAAAGUAAGGAAUGCUAUUUUGACCAAAACUGGCUUCAUUGAGUAGUUUAAGUUAAGUUAAUUAGUGGCUUCAUAAACUAGUUUAACUUUCAAAUUAGGCAUUAUCAUUAAGCAUAGUCCACUAUCAUAAAGUAGUUUAAGUUUCAAAUUUUGGCAUUAUUAUCACUAAGCUUAGUCCACUACCAUAUAUAUUAUCCAUCAUUUUGUAUGAUUUAGAUCCCAUGCAAUUGUUUUGUUUUUAUUAU